UGAAAUGCAGCAGGCCUGUGGUGGAUGUCUAGAUGGGGGAGGUUGACGAAACGCAGGGGCGUGACGCCUCGCUCUGCAGCAGCGCUCACUCGCCUACGGGAGAAUGGGAGAGAGAGACACAGAAGGGGAGGGAGGAGGAACUUGAAGGAAAAAAGUUAAAAUAAAAAUGGCUUCCUUGUCUUUGGAGUCCACAGAACAAAGUGAAAACGGCCCAAAGGAGUCCACGCAAGAUGAAGCCAAAGUGAAAGAGGAGACGGAUCCGGACGAAGUUUCGGAACAACUGCUCCAAAGCUUCCAGAACUCGGCGCUCAGUUUUUCCACCGAUCAGGUCGCGUGUCUGUGCGAAGCGCUCCUGCAAGCGGGCAAUGUGGAUCGCCUGUGGAGAUUCCUCUCCACCAUCCCUCCUUCGGCCGAUCUGCUACGUGGCAACGAGACCCUACUGAAGGCCCAGGCUCUGGUCGCCUUCCACCGGGAGGAAUUCAACGAGCUGUACGCCAUCCUGGACAGUCAUGACUUCCACCCGAGUAACCAUGGGUUCCUUCAAGACCUCUACUUGAAGGCGCGCUACAAGGAGGCUGAGAGGUCCCGGGGUCGCAGUCUAGGCGCCGUGGACAAAUAUCGACUGCGCAAAAAGUUCCCUUUGCCUAAAACUAUCUGGGACGGAGAGGAGACGGUGUACUGCUUCAAGGAGAAGUCGCGCAACGCUCUGAAGGAAUGUUACAAGAUCAACAGGUAUCCCACUCCGGUCGAGAAGAAGAAUUUAGCCAAAGUCACCGGACUUUCUUUGACUCAAGUCAGCAACUGGUUCAAGAAUCGACGACAGAGGGACCGGACCCCGUCUGGUACCAACAGCAAAAGUGAAUCUGAUGGAAACCACAGCACAGAAGAUGAAGCCAGCAAGGGAGACCUGGAGGAUAUUGCUGACAAACCUGCUGCUCAAGAGACAGGCAGCUCCAAUGCAUCUCUUAUAUCUCUGUCUGGUGCUCCUUGCAGUACUGGUCAGCUUAUUCUCAACAGCACCGGGGGAUUCCUUACUAGCUCUCAUCCACUGCUGCUCAAUGGGAGCCCUAUACUCUCGGGGGCAGGAACGGGGGUCAUCAUCAAUGGGUUGACACUGAGCGAUGGCCACACAGUCACUCUCAGUCCUGUUACAGCUAACGCACCAUUGCUACUAAACGGGGCUCAAGUAAUCUCCAAAGAUGAACGGGGCAUCAAUGAUAUAGAGGCCCAAGGCAGCCUACCCACUGUGGUUCUGAAUCCACAAGCCAGUCUAACUAGCACAAUACCUCUCUCGCUUAGCGAGGAUGCAAAAACACCCAGCAGCAACGUCUCCCCGCUGGAUUUCAUCAGUCUUCCAGAGGCCUCUCAAUCACUGCCUACAAACUCAAUGUCCUCGCCCACCAUCUCUACUUCUGUCAUCUCUCCCACGUCUCUUUCUUCACUGGCACUGACCCCAAAUAGUAUUCCUGCAUCAACAGCUGGCUCCUUGAGUUCAGUCAUCUCCAGUCCCAUGAUGCCACUACAGCCCACACAGCCACCUGAAAUUGUUGUAUUAGGAAAAGCCGAUGCUCAGUCUCCAACUCGCUGCUCCAUCUCUAGCCCUCAGGUGCUGUCUUUACCUCAGGUGGUACCAUCAAUACAGGGCGUUCCAGUUUCUCAACUGAUGCAGCAUCCAUCUGGGGCCACUGUGUCAUCUUGCCCCCAGCUUGUUCCAGUCUCCCCGGUGAAUUCACAAUUACCCCAAGUCUCCAUUCCUCAGUUUCAGACACAGACCUUGCACAUUGGUCCAAGACUUGCGCAAGCACAGCCUCAAAAUGGCUUGACCACACUAAGCACCAGUAGUGCUUUGUCACUCCCCCAGAUGGCUGAUGGGCAAGUGCUUGCACCUCAGCUAGGAGACGAAUCUACUUCAGCCACCCUACCACAGAUACAGACCUCCAUGGGAACACAAGUCAUACCCAUCUCCUCACCGACUCAAGUUGUGCCCAUAUCCCAAACCAAAGACUCAGCGCAACCUCAGCUGGUCCCCCUGUCACUGCCUCAACUUAUGCCUGUGUCAUCCAUUGCGGGAACUCCAACUGGAACCCUGUCCUUCCCUCAGGUGGUCCCGGCAACUCCAUCUCUUUCCAUUCCGUCCCCUGGAGGUGCUUUCCAGAUUCUGACAUCUGGGUCUGGAACAGGAUUGAGUGUUGCCCAGGGACCGAUACGCCUUAGCCCAAUAGGUCCUCCUCAGAGUGUCCCUACUGGUACCAUCCCAGGCGUUCAGCUUCUCAACUCUGGGGUGAUUCAGCUACCGUCUGCCUCUCCAGGCAACAUCCUACUAGCAGGUGGCAUCGGGGGCAGCCCCAUCCUAAGUGUUCAAAAUGGCAAACUCAUCCUCACUAUCCCAGCUGGUAUCCAGUUCGCCAGCAUGCCUGUCAAGUCCGUCCCAGACAAUUUAGUCCCAAGCAACAGUACCCUUGAUCCUCAAUCCUCAGCUGUUCAUGCACUUGAGAAUCAACCAGCACCUUCACUCACUGCUCAAACCUCAAAUUCACUACAGUCAUCUCCUUUGGGGUUUGUUGGCGCCUCUACACUUUACUGCAGCCCUGAGCCAGGGACAAUUGCCAACCCAACCCCAGGAGCCUCUCCUGACACCCCAGACUCUUCCAGCACUCCCACUCCUACAAGCGUCCUACAAUCCCAGCAGACUCUUAGUCCUGAUAGCAUGCUCCCACUCAGUCCAAUAUGUAGUGGUGUGGCAACUAGCCACCAACUCUCCCAGCCAGCCUGGAGCCCUGUCCCGCUGUCCUCCUCUGCUGGUCUGACAUUAUUUGACAUGCGUGGGAAAGGAGAGCUUCCGGAGGACCCCGCUUUGUUGGGCUUGCCAGGCGGAGAGUCCCUCCUGUUGGGCACUCCUCCUCCAGGCGAAGAUGUGGAUAGAGAUUCUCAGUUGGAUGAGGUGGAGGACAUGGAUGGGGACUCGAAAAUUCUUACACAACUGCAGUCUGUCCCUGUGGAUGAUGAUCUGGGUUUGUAAUCGCCAGUCCUUUUGACAACCUACUAGAUGCAGUUAGUGCUAAAUCUCAACCUGCAAGAGUUCAACCAUUAAACCACAAGUGAGAGGAACUAUGAUUUAUGACCUCAAAGGUUUGGAGUCUUUCCCCACUUUUCCCUGUGUAGAUGGAGUUUUAAAUAGUGGAAAUAUCCAACCUAAUAACGUAGUUGUGAAAACUAUAGUCAGCAAGGGCAUGACUAUAGAGGUAUAAUUGGAAUAGAGGAGAGCACUGCCAUUUGUAUAACCAAUUUUCACCUCUCGGACAAGUUUGUGUCUACGUUUUUGAUGAAACACACAGCUUGAGGCUUGUUACAAGGGCUUACAUGACUCCCUAAGUGGCAAGAAGACACUAAUAUGUCAGAGGCUAUCAAGGUUGUUUAAUCUGGGAGAAAAGAGCAUGCAGGAACUCCUUCUUUUGUGCCUUACAUUUUUGUUAUUUCUCAGUUUUAUAGAGUAAAUGACUCUGACAAGUACUUUUAGCUUUUAAUAAUAGAAACAAGUCAUAUUAGGUUUCCCUGUCCUAAAGACAAUCUAAUAGAGGUACAUACAUUUUUAUGCUGGUCCCAAAACUGGUGUCUUCAAGUGAAAUGGGUCAACUCAUUCCAUGUAUGAAAUGAGUCUGAACACGAACUAGGCACUGACAUUCUGUACAGGUGGCUCAUAAAGAUACCUGGAUGCACCAACAACAUCCCGGCGCUGGGAGAACGAAAUCAGAUAGGAGAUUUCAGUAAACUCACAACACUGCGUACAAGAUAAGACUUGGAAGAGAGACUAAUCUAAAUGUGCCUGUGACAACUACAUUGGAUGUACUACAUUAUCACUGCUCAGUUUAGGUGCUGUUUUAAUUGUUUUUUGCUUUAAAAGAUUAGUUCACUCCAUAAUUUGAGUUUCCAGAUAAUUCAUUCACCCCGGUGUCAUCCAAGAUGUUCAUGUAUGUCUUUUCUCAGUUGAAAAUAAGUUACAUUUUUGAGGAAACAUUCCAUUUUUCUCCAUAUAGUGGACUUCAAUGGGGAUCAACGUGUUGAAGGUCCAAAUUGCAGUUUCAAUGCAGCUUUAAAGAACUCUCAUCCCAGCUGAGGAAUAAGGAUCUUUUCUAGCAAAAUGACUGGUCAUUUUCUAAAAAAAAAAUUAAAUGUUUAUAUACUUUUUAACCACAAAUACUCAUCUUACACUAGCUCUGCUUUUACAACUUCAUGCAUUACGUAGUCAUGUUGGAAAGAUCAUGCAUGACGUAGGCGGAAGUACCAACCCAGUAUUUACAAAGUGAAUGUGCGAAGUCAAAAGCCCUUUACAAGAAAUGUAAAACAACGAUGUUGGCGAUUUUGGAAGUUGUAGGAGAAAAUGAGAGUUUUUCGCCAUACCCUACCUUUCUGAACCGAAGUACACAGAUGAAGAACUAAUCACAUGUGACCUUUCCAACGUAAUGAGUGAAGUCUUAUGCGUGCAUCGCAGAGCUAGUGCAAGUUGAGCCUUUGUGGUUGAAAAGCAUAUAAAUUGCAGGUCGUUUUGCUAGAUAAGACCCUUAUUCUUUGUCUGGGAUUGUGUUUAGAGUCUUUUGAGGCUGCUUUGAAACUGCAGUUUUGACCUUUAACCUGCUGGUCCCCACUGAAGUCCACUAUAUGAAGGAAAAUCUUGUGUUUUCCUCAAAAACCUUCAUUUCUCUUUGACUGAAGAAAGAAAGACAGUAACAUCUUGGAUGACGUGGGGUGAGUAAAUUAUCAGGAAAUUUUAAUUUAGGAGUGAACUAA